AUGGCUAAAGGUAAUGUUGACAGGGAAAGUCAGCCAUUUCUUCAACCCAUCGAUCGAAACAUACUGCAGGACCCGUCCAGCGGUCUUCCAGGGUUUGUUGCUAGUGAGUUAGAGCAACAAGAGGAAAAUUUGCAAAGGGAUGAACAGAGCUACGGCUCUAUUAGGAAGGGGAGCGUGCAGACGAGUACACAUGAUAUUGAUGAUGAUGACGUUGAAGAGUUCCAAAUUUCUCCUGCUCGUAUUCGGAUUAUCAUGAUUUCUAUGUAUCUCGGUAUCUUCCUUGCAGCACUCGACAACACUGUUGUUUCAACGUUACUGGCGCACAUCGCAUCCGAGUUCAACGAAUUGCCCCGCAUUUCCUGGAUUGCCACUGCUUAUUUACUCUCAAGCGCCACUUUCCAGCCAUUGUAUGGGAAGAUUUCAGACAUUUUUGGGAGAAAGCCACUUCUUGUGUUCAGUAACAUAUUCUUCUGUUUGGGAUGCCUCAUGUGUGGUUUGAGUCCCGGACUGUGGUGGCUAGUCGCUGGUCGAUUUGUAGCGGGAAUUGGAGGCGGCGGAAUAACCUCUAUGUCGAGUAUUACAACUAGUGAUAUUGUGCCCUUACGGGACCGUGCGCUUUACCAAGGCAUUUGUAACUUCUUCUUUGGUUUGGGCACAGCAUGUGGCGGUCUCAUUGGUGGCUGGUUUACUGAGCAUGGUGGCGGUUGGCGAAUGGCAUUUUUAAUUCAGGUUCCAGCUUGUAUUCUGAGCUGCGGUGUUUUGGUUACCUUUUUGGAGCUACCGCCACGCAAACACGACUCGUGCGAGGAGUCCACAUGGAAGAGUAAGCUCGCCAGAGUUGAUUGGUGGGGGGUGUUGUUCCUCGUAGUUUUUUUGUUACUGGCUAUGUUGGCAUCGUCCUUGGGAGGAAAGGAAAUUGCUUAUAACUCCAAGUUGUUUAUUACUUUAUGUGUGCUCAUUUUGAUAUCGGGAUCAAUGUUUGCCUAUAUCGAAACACAUGUGGCUAUUGAUCCAGUGUUGCCAAUUUCAUUUCUCAAGAAUAGGACUAUCCUGGGAGCAAGCUUGGCUAACUGGUUUUGUAUGAUGGCAGCGAUGACCACCAAUUAUUAUUUGCCAGUUUACUGGGCCGGUGUGCUAGACAUGAAGCCUACAGAUAUGGGGAAAAGAACAAUUCCAAGUUUCUUCAGCACUGCUUUAGGCUCGCUUGGCGCCGGGUACUACAUGAAGCGCACAGGUAGGUACUACAAGUUCCUAAUGGGGUUCUGUCUGUUGGCAGUCGUGGGACAGCUUCAAAUUAACCUUAUUACACCAUCGAUUGCGGUCUGGAGACAGUACAUACUACAACUUGUCCCUGGACUUGGAGUAUCUGUACUCAUUACUGUGACGCUCUUAGCGAUGAUCGCGGCAGUCCCUCAUGAGCACCAGGCAGCCACCACUUCGAUUUCGUACGCGUUCCGCUCCACCGGAUGUACCCUUGGUGUGUCGAUUGGAGGAGCUAUCUUUCGGAGCGCACUGUCUUCGCUCUUACAGCGCAAUGUUAUGAAGUUCGCAUCCGACGGGCAUUCUUCUGAGGAGCUGACAGGAAUCAUAGAGAACGCGACACACUCCUCGGAGUGGGUACACAGGGAUGCACCAGAGUUUGUACGUGCAACUUUGAUCGAGUGCUACCAUUUUGCGUGUAAGUAUACCUACGCAUUUUGUCUGACAACGGUGAUACUCGCGAUGGUAUCUUGUGCUAUCAUCAAGGAAUACAAAUUGCAUACGUCCAUCAAGAGGUAG